UCUCGGCUUUCAUUUCCCUUCCUUUUCCUUCAAACCACGAAUCCUUUGCUUUUAUUCGCCUUUUUCCAUUCAAAAACUCAUAAAAAUAAAAGAUAUAAUUUCUUUCUUUUGGCUGUCUCUUUUGGUGGCUGUUUUUUCUCCUCCUUUCUUCUCCAUACAGUUCCAAAUCCUUUCUUGAAGAAAGACUUUCUUUUUUGGUGACGAGUGCAGGCAUGGCUUUCAGAGGGACAAAUUCAUCAUCUGGCAUGGGCGUUGCUGAGCACAGUAAGAGCACAUACCUGGAACUGCAGAGGAAAAAGGUUCACCGCUAUGUGAUUUUUAAGAUUGAUGAAAAGAAAAAGGAGGUUGUGGUUGAAAAGACGGGAGGACCUGCUGAAAGCUAUGAUGAUUUCACUGCUUCUUUGCCUGAGAAUGACUGCCGUUAUGCAGUUUAUGACUUUGAUUUUGUGACCGCGGAGAAUUGUCAGAAAAGCAAGAUCUUUUUCAUUGCAUGGUCGCCUUCUGUAUCAAGAAUCCGUGCAAAGAUGCUCUAUGCUACAUCAAAGGAAAGGUUCAGAAGGGAGCUGGAAGGCAUCCAUUAUGAGAUCCAGGCUACUGAUCCGACCGAAAUGGAUAUCGAUGUCAUCCGAGAGCGUGCAAACUGAGCACUUGUCUGAAACUGUUUGUUCAUCUUGAACAAGUGCCUGGAGUUUCUGUUAUCAACCUGAAGGGAAAAUCCACUUUCCUGCUCUGAUUAGUUUUCUGGUUUCCACAAAAUCUGUUCAUGCACACAUUACAAUAUCCCAACAUUAUCAAAUAAAACAGCACCUGGAAAAUGGCUGAUUAGGGACUUGUGGCUAUGAUACCCUGUAGAGGGGAAUUUGAGCUUCCCUAUUGCCUUUUGAUGCAUUCUGGGUGAAAAUUGGGUGACUAGACAUCAUGAUUUGAAUCCUCUUAUUAUGAAAUACAUAUUUCUAUCA